CGUGGACUUCCGGUGGCGGCAGCGGAAGCGGUGACUGGAUCGGGCCGGGCCACACUCGAGUGGCUUGGUCACUAUGGAGGAGAUUGGCAUCCUGGUGGAGAAAGCUCAGGAUGAGAUCCCAGCAUUGUCUGUGUCACGGCCCCAGACUGGCCUGUCCUUCCUAGCACCUGAACCUGAGGACCUGGAGGACCUGUACAGCCGCUACAAGAAGCUGCAGCAGGAGCUGGAGUUUCUGGAGGUGCAGGAGGAGUAUAUCAAGGAUGAGCAGAAGAACCUGAAGAAGGAGUUCCUCCAUGCCCAGGAGGAGGUGAAGCGAAUCCAAAGCAUCCCCCUGGUCAUCGGGCAGUUUUUGGAGGCUGUGGAUCAGAAUACAGCCAUCGUGGGCUCCACCACAGGCUCCAACUACUACGUGCGCAUCCUGAGCACCAUCGACCGGGAGCUGUUAAAGCCCAAUGCGUCAGUGGCCCUCCACAAGCACAGCAACGCGCUGGUGGACGUGCUGCCCCCCGAGGCCGACAGCAGCAUCAUGAUGCUCACCUCAGAUCAGAAGCCAGAUGUGAUGUACGCGGACAUCGGGGGCAUGGACAUCCAGAAGCAGGAGGUGCGGGAGGCCGUGGAGCUUCCGCUUACACACUUCGAGCUCUACAAGCAGAUCGGCAUCGACCCUCCGCGAGGCGUCCUCAUGUACGGCCCCCCGGGCUGUGGGAAGACCAUGUUGGCAAAAGCCGUAGCCCACCACACGACAGCUGCCUUUAUCAGGGUCGUGGGCUCCGAGUUCGUACAGAAGUACCUGGGCGAGGGCCCCCGCAUGGUCCGUGAUGUCUUCCGCCUGGCCAAGGAGAAUGCCCCUGCCAUCAUCUUCAUCGAUGAGAUUGAUGCCAUUGCCACCAAGAGAUUUGACGCCCAGACGGGAGCGGACAGAGAAGUUCAGAGAAUUCUGCUGGAGCUGCUGAAUCAAAUGGAUGGGUUUGACCAGAAUGUGAAUGUCAAGGUGAUCAUGGCGACUAAUAGAGCUGACACCCUGGAUCCCGCCCUGCUGCGGCCUGGCCGCCUUGACCGGAAGAUCGAAUUCCCACUCCCUGACCGCCGCCAGAAGAGGCUAAUCUUCUCCACUAUCACCAGCAAAAUGAAUCUCUCAGAGGAGGUGGACUUGGAAGACUAUGUGGCCCGGCCAGAUAAGAUUUCUGGAGCUGACAUCAACUCCAUCUGUCAGGAGAGUGGGAUGUUGGCAGUCAGGGAGAAUCGCUACAUUGUUCUGGCCAAGGACUUCGAGAAAGCUUAUAAGACAGUCAUCAAGAAGGAUGAGCAGGAGCAUGAGUUUUACAAGUGAUCCUGCCCUUGCCCCACCACAGGAGCCAGGUGCCAUCGUCUCUCACCUCCCCAGCUUCUGUCCCCAAACCCUGUUCUCUUUUUCUCUUUAUCCAGGAUUGGUUUGGUCAAUAAAUACACAAGAUGAAAUCC